AUGGCCCGCUUUGUCAACACGCGGUAUCCCGGCAGAUAUAUGAUUUUCAAUCUCGCCGCGGAUACAUCGUUGGGGCGUUUCGAGACGGCGGAGUUUGGAAACCAGGUCGUGGCUUUCCCAUUUUCGAAAGCGUAUUCGCUCACACUUCCGACCUUGUUUGAUAUUUGUCGGUCGAUUCAUGGAUGGUUAUCAUUGGACCCGGGUCAUGUUGCGAUCGUGACGUGCCCGACGGAAGGGCGGAGUGGCGUGGCGAUUGCGUGUUAUCUUCGCUACAUAGAGGCGUUCACCGAUGCCGCGGAAGCCUUCGAUUACUACAUCUUGCGUCGGGCAAAAGCGAAAGGGAAGGAAGGAGCACCGUUAACACCACCUUCGUGGGCCACCGUCUCUCAACGGCGGUACGCGACAUACUUCAACAACGUGCUAGUCCUGGACGGCGUUUUGCCAAAUCCCAAUCCGCUCUUACUCAAUCGCGUUGUCGUCAGCGGUUUGAAUCAGCUCUUAACAACGGCGACGAAGCCUCAUAUCGAACUGUAUCAGAACGGCAGGCUCCUAUACACAACUGUCAAACGCGAUGACAAGGCGUCGUCGCAGGACCCUCAGCAGAAACCGCUCGUGCGGACAGAUUCUCGUGGGAACAUCGUCUUCCGUGUCGGGGCUGAUUCGCCGUUAUUGUUGGAGGCAGACAUCCAGCUCCGGUGCUAUCACACCCCUGACCCGGUGCACCAUCCCCGUCAGAUAAACACGGUUGCAAGUCUUUCCUUUAACGCCGGGUUUAUGGUGGCAGGUGUUAUCCGGGUCGGGGCGAAGGAUAUCGAGGUUGCAGAGCCUUCCAUCAAGGCCAUGGAAGCAGCUGGGGACCUCAAUGCAGCGAUGAGCGCAUUCUGUUUCUACCUCUUCUUUGCGGACGGGGGCGCCGCGCGAUCGCAAGCUGCUCUUACACCGAUGGCAUUCCAGCGCAUGAUCGACAAACGCUCAAAGCACUGCCUGGUGGACUUGGUCGCGCAUCACCAGAUAAUCACCACCGACGACGCGGUGCGCGCGUUACGGGAUAUGGGUUACGGCCUCGCGUUAUCCCAAUGUGCCCUACAGCGCGCCAACAAUGACCCACGGUCAGCCGUGAUGUGGAUCCAACAACUCCGAAGCCUGGACGACGCGCAGAGUGGGGAUCAUCGUAGUACCACGUCGAGCGUGAGAUCAUCUGGGUCCGUUGGGAGAUUUGAUGGGAAGGAGGACCCCACCUUCGGUCGAAUGAACUCCAGCGCCUCACAGCGGUCGACUAGCUCGGCUUUGAGUCGGACUCAUGGUGCGGAGAGGGAUGCGCCCAAUAGUGGCGUUUUUGCGGGGAAGGAUGGAGCGUAUUACACCAGCUCGCCGGUGUCGACGGUUCCAGAGGUGCGCUUGCCGGAUGAGACUGACGGUGGCGAUCGCGGGCGACGCCACGUCGAAUCUGGGGAUCGAAGAGGGUCUGUGGAGACAUUCGUGACGGCGUCGACGUCCCUAAACUCGUCACAGGACAGCGUUCACAAGAGCGGAUAUAGGUUGGCACCGGCAGCCCCCGCAUCCCAGCGCGACAUCUCCCCGCGUCCAGUAUCACCCCGUCUCCCCGCCCCAGCUUCGCAUCUCCACCCAUACCAGCACGUACCCUCCCAGGACGCAGACCGCCCGCUUAGCGUGGGCUCCAACCGCUCCUCCACGCACUCCGCCUCCCUCGCGCCCGAAAUCCAAGUACACGAAACACGCCACGCCUACAUCCACCCCGCGCCAGUUCCGAUCGUCUACGAGGCGAGGGCGGCGUCCCCGUCCCCUGUAGCGCCAUUCCGAUCGCAGCUGCGAUCAAAAUCGGACCAAGCGCAGCUGGAUAAUCAUAACGUUGGUCGGAUGGAGAGAUUACUGAAUGAGGCGCGGAAGGUGGAUGAAAGGAGAGGGAGGAAUUCGCCGUUACCAGAGACGUCGUCGGCAUAUCAUCGUGGGAAAAGUCUGCCGGAGGUUCCUGAUUCGGCGCAAGGGGAUGUGCCAGCGGUGUCUAACGGCGGCGGAAAAGCGCAUGGAUCCAGCGCAGACAGCUUAAACGAUGUCUUAGCAGAAAUGCGACGCAUGCGUGGCGUAUCAGGCAAAACCACACGAAUCGACGACACCUCAACACCCACCUCCUCGACAACCGCCAAAAACAUGAAAGACCUGCUCGGUGAAUUGCACGCCAUCACGGCCGAAGCAACGGGGCGACACAGGGUGGAUACAUCGGUGGAUACAUCGAUCAGUGACGGGCCGAUGCCGUGGCCCCUUCCGCCCGGGUCGGCCGAACCGCCGAGCUCGCCAGUUAGGGAGCUGAAGGUGCCGAGACCGAUGCUGUUGCCGGAGGCGGGGCCGCCGUCGGAGGAUGUGCUUGUUGAGGCUGUGUCGCCUUUGCUGUCACGUUCGCCGUUGCUGCGGAGGGAUGUGGAACCAUCGCCAGUCGCUGCUCCGGGCCCCGCACCUCCACCACCACCACCGCCACCACCUCCUCCACCACCACCACCUCCUCCACCACCACCAAUGGGCCGGGCAUCAUCCGAGCAGGACGCGGACGAAGGCCCCGGCAAGAUCCGCGCACGCGCCCGCAUCCACUGGGACGAGAUCCGCAACAUCGAAGGGUCGGUGUGGAGCGAGAUUGCGCCGCAGGGCGGGGAGGAUGGGGAUGGGGAUGAUGUGGAGUUGGAUGUGCAGAGGUUCGAAGAGCUGUUUUGUAUUGUGCCCGGAGAGAAGAAGGCAGGUGGGAAGGAUAAACCUAAGAUGGUGCAAAGGACACAAUUCACCAACUUACUCGACCUCCGCCGUGCCAACAACGUCGCCAUCGGCCUCUCCCGUUUCACACGUCGCGGAUUAACGACCGAUAAGCUCAUCACAGCGAUCCGCACAAUGGAUCGGACCACUCUCACCGCCGACGAUCUCCUCAUGUUACAAAGACUGCUCCCCACCGACGAGGAAAAAUCCGUCCUCCGCGCGCACUUUGCUACCGUAGCCGCAAACGAGCUCAAAAGCCCCACCAGCCCGAAUCCUCUAUCCACCGAACUCUCCAAGCACGCCCCGCCACUAGCCCCCGCCGAAAAAUUCAUGAGCGAAGUCAUGAACGUCCCAUGCCUCGAGGAAAUGUGCACCGCCUUCCUCCUCGCGAGCACGAUCGACGCAGACGUGAACGACAUUGAACGUAAACUCGACACCAUGUCUAACCUCUCGAUCUCCCUCCGCAAGAACGAGAACCUUAAACGGUUGCUCAAAUCCGUGCUCCAGCUGGGUAAUCUGACCAACUACGAUUACUCGGCGAGUUCGGCGGCGGGGAACUCCAACAGCAGUUUCAGGCCGUGGAUGGCGAAAGAGGCGCGCGCGAUCGGAUUGAAAUUGGAAGGCCUGGCGCGGUUGAAGGAUGUAAAGUCGCGGGACGGGAAGUGGUCGCUUAUGACGUUUUUGGUGGAUAUGAUUGCGCGUAAUCGGCCGGAGGUGCUGGGUGUUGUGGAGGAGACGUCGCAGGUGCGCGUUGUCGGCGCGUGGGAUCUUGAAGCGGUUGUUAGGAGUUUCAAGAAUUUGUUAAGGACUGUCGAGGCACUGAGGGCUCUGCAGACCCAUUCGCGCAACGGAGGGGCGACGAAAUCGGCGGUGGAGAUGGAUAUCGAGGCGUACGUUGAGCAACACCUUACGCCCCUUCUGGCGUUGGCGGACAGCCGGGUAAAAGACGUUGCGGACAAGACCAACAUCUUCUGGCAAGAAUUUGGCCGCGUGGCCCGCUACCUCGGCGAAGACCUCACCGAUUACGUCGACUUCCUCGCGGCGGUUAUGGGUGAAGGGUAUCGUCUCGACGACAAUGACACCGUGACUGCGUCCUCGGCCGCGUUUGUGGCGGGCAAGAAGAAAAUGCCGACUAAGCUGUUUGCGACGCUGGAUGCGUUUUUACGCGCGUUUGGGGACUCGGUUAUGGACUGGAAGAUCAAGGCGGGUGCACGGGCGAGGGCUGCGAGGCCGGGCUGGCAGCAGCAGGCGGCGGCUGCGGCUGCUGCUAAUCAGGCGAGGCCGCGAUCGAGUGCCAGUGUGGUUUCGGAGGAUGGGUCUGUUGGCGCGGUUGGGAAAACAGCAAGCAGGGAUGUGGGGGCGAGUCCUGUGUCGGAUUUUAGCGAUAGUCCGGUGUCGUUGGCCGGCGAUGUGGUCAGCCCACCCACCGAAUCCCCAGCGGCCUAUUCAGUGACGAGUGUCUCGUCUUACGGCGCCUCCAGCCCCGCUACCGUCUCGACGCCCACCGUGCCGCCGGUGCUACAGGAUGCUCCCCAGAGGAGGGAAGGCGGAGACGGAGAUGGAAGGCUGUUGGGCGUACCUUCCACCGCCAUCACCACGCCCAGCCAACCCGAAUCCGAGGAGCCCCCCUCCGCCCCCGACACAGCGGAAAUGGAACGUCUCUUCCGUCGCUUAUCCCGCCGCUACGCACCCGCACCCACCUCCGACGCUGGAAAUACCGGGGCUGGAUCCAGCUUCACCCGAUCCGAGAGUGGAAUGAGUCUUGACCGCGAUGAUGGGUCGCAGAUACUGUUUGAGGAGGAUGAGGUGGUUGUUGUUGAUCAUGAGGAUGAGGACGAGGAUGAGGAUGACGCCGAUGGGCUGAGGUACCAGCAGCAGGGGAUUGAUCAGUAUGCGAGCAAGACGGGGUUGACGGAUGAGUUUGAGUACGCUUGA